AUGGUGUACGCCAUUAAUACCAGUAACACGGGUUACAGCCACAACUUCAACAACCAAAAUGCAAUUUCCCGCCCCCAAAUGCGGUCGUCGUACUACGAAACCCACUAUCCUCUCUACCAGUGUGACUGGACGGGUAUCAGAGGCUCACACACCAGCAGAAUUGCUCUGAGCAGCUACAGGGAGGACACAACCAAUAGGCUACAGGUGGUGUAUUCGUUUCCAGAAACUAAUUUGCCGUACGAAAGUGAUCCCAACGUGCCAAUUGACCGAUCCAAGAUUGAGGGACUUGAUAUGCACAAGAUUGCAGAGAUCAGCGUGAAUUUUCCAGUGACUAAGCUCCAAUGGGACCCCUCUAUGAGCCUGGGAACGUCACAGACCGAGAGGUUAGCCACUGCAUCGGAGUGUUUGAGGAUAUACGAAUUAUCUGGCAGACCGGAGGGUGGAAAUGGACCCUUUCGACUGGUGGAACGAGUUGCGUUGUCGAACUCGAAGACAAAAAAUCUCAACCAGCUACCGCCUUUGACCUCAUUUGACUGGUGUGUGGCAGACCCCAAACAGAUUAUAACGUGCAGCAUCGAUACCACAUGCACGUUAUGGGACUUGUCCAAAGGUGUGGCGAGAACUCAGCUAAUUGCACAUGAUAGCGAGGUUUUCGACGUGAAGUUUUUGUAUGGAGACAAAAACGUAUUUUCCAGUUGCAGCAGCGACGGCUCGAUAAGGGUCUUUGACUUGCGAUCUCUGGAGCAUUCCACAAUCAUCUACGAGCCCCAGAUAAAGUCGUCAGCCUCGUCAGUUGCACCCUCUCCUAUUGCAUACAAUCCUUCUCAAUCGAGCUCAACAUCACCUGGUCUCAAACCUACUCCACUACUGAGACUGGCAACCUCAAAUUACAACGCCAACCACAUCGCAGCGGUCGAAGCCCACGGAAGCAGAGUUAUAGUGUUGGAUCUACGGUAUCCUGGAAUUCCGAUCCGGAUAUUAUCCCACCACCAAGCUCCAAUUAACAGCAUCGAAUGGCACCCCACGAAAAACUGGCUACUUACUGGUUCAGACGAUUGCCAGGCGUUCGUGUACGAUCUGAGCAACCUGGAUAUCCCAAGAUCGAGCUCGAAAUCGGACCAGUCGCCUGCACAGGAUGGAAAGAGCAUGGAAACUAAUAGCACCGGAGGUACCAGCAGUGCCAGUACACAUAGGUCAUCCAGAAGGUCGAAAACGGCAGAUCUGUUCGACAAUAGUCUUACCGAGCUGCCUGCCUAUGCGUAUUCAGAAGACUCCGAGAUCAACAACGUAACGUGGGACGUGGAUGGGCAAUGGGCCGGUGUCGUGAGCGGGAAAGGGUUUCAAGCAAUCAAAAUUGAAUAA